AAACGGGCGUCAAUUCAAAAUUUUGCGUCUCUUUCCUAUCAUCUUCACAAAGAUAACAAAUACACGAUGGACAUCUCCGCCUAAUUUCACAAGGAGCACUGACGUUCACCUUGACUGGUCGUUUUCACUAUAUCAGGAGACAAAUGUUUUCGAUAUACUUUCCAGCGUAAUACUUUACAAUGUCUGUGGUUAAAAACUGGUGGACAAAAAAUGAUGCUACAACUGUGAAAAAGCAUACAUCUACAGAUAUACAGCCUAUUGGGGCAUUUUUACAACAGAAGUUUUCUCGUGGAGUUGACUAUAAUUUAAAAAUUGUGAUACGUGGUGAUCGCAAUGUUGGCAAAUCAACAUUACUUUCUCGUUUGAAAGGUGAACAAUUUAAGGAGGAAUAUAUUCCAUCCAAUGAAAUUCAGUUGGCAAAUAUUCACUGGAAUCAUAAAAAUUCUCAAAGUGUAAUCAAAGUGGAAGUUUGGGAUGUAGUUGAUAAAGGCAAACCAAGAAAUACUUCAAAAGGCUUGAAAUUUCUCAGUAAAUUAACAAAUAGUAAUCCAACUAGUGGAAAUAUCACUGGCGAAUCCGCGAAAAUUGAACCAUGUCUAGAUGCCAGUUUUAUUAAUGUUUACAAAGGUGCGCAUGGUGUCAUCCUGAUGAUGGACAUGACGAAAUCGUGGACGUUUGAUUAUGUUUGCCGAGAACUCGUUCAAAUUCCUGCAAAACUACCCGUGUUAAUUAUGUCCAAUUUUUAUGAUAUGCAUGAAAAUCGUAAAAUAACCGAAGAACAAGUUCGUAUGUUUCUUGAUACUGUAGAGUUGAAUGGCAACUAUUCAGAAUCAAUGAAUGGCAGUAAAGAUUCUCUACCUGAACCUGUUGUUAACAAUGCGGGUUGCAGUGUACAAAAUAUCAGUUCAACUCGUCGUUCCAUCCCUGUACAAUAUUGUGAAUCGUCAAUGAAAACCGGUUUAGGUUUAAUGUAUGUGUACAAAUUCUUGAACUUACCCUUUCUAUGCUUACAACGUGAUGUUUUACAUUAUCAACUGAAACGUAAUCAUAGCGAAAUGAUGAAUUGUCUGUAUGAAUUAAGUCCAAAGGCGGGUGAAACACCAGAACAACGUUUUAGUUACAUGGAUUCGUCUGAAGCAAAAGCAACUGGUUGUUCUGCAUCAUCUUCUGUCUCAAGAAAUAUCACUUCUCCUGCUUCUUCCACUCCUCCUCCUCCUCCUCCUUCUUCAGCUUCUGCUUCUACUUCUUCUUCGUCUACUUUUCAUCCUGCAUCUUCUCGUGCGAUAAAUAAUGAUGUUGUCAAUAUUCCUACAUCCCAGCUGGCCAAAACAACAAUGGGAACAAUAAAUUCUUUGAAAGGGUCUAGUGCUAACAACUGUAAUAGUAUUAAUAAUACUACUAAUAAUAAUAAUCAACCUAUGAAAAUAAAUCACAAUGAAGUGAAGUCUAAUGAAUCUAGCAAAACUGAACAAAAUCCUAUGGUUAUUGGAUUCAGUGAAGAUGUCGAUCCAGCGGAUAUUGAAAUUUAUUACUGUAAUGAUGAUUCAGAGUCAUCCUUAACAUCGUAUACAUAUAUUCAUCAAAAUGAUGACUUUCAUGAUGGCAAGCAAGAGGACGCUUGUACUGCUUCCGUUAAUCCUAUGAACAAAGAUUUAUCCUAUGCGAUGAUCAAUCAGUUACAACUAAAUCAGCUUGAGGGACAGGAAAAGACUGAUUCGAUGAAUACAUCUAAUACAUCUAAUCAGCAUAUAUUAUUGGAGUCUGAAAAAGAUUUAAAAACGAAUUCUGGGCUGGAACAAUCAAGAACAAAAUCUAAAAAAGGCUCUAUAAAAGAAGAAGAAGAAAAUAAAUCGACAACAGUGUCAGGGAACAAUGCCUUAUCAGUAUUCAGUGAAAAUAUAACCAUGCUACCUACUGACAGUGAUGCUUUGGAAAAAUUUCUUGAAGAUACUUAACAAGCAAGGUAGCUCUGUGUUAGGUUCACUUCACCCCAGCUAUUCGUGAAUUUGUUUGUCAGUUGAUGUUGUUUUUUUCUCUCUCUCUCUCUUUGGUUUACACAUUCCCUGUCAUAGGCUGAUCUACAUUCUUCAUAGCUGAUGACUGAAGCUUCGCAGCUACUAAACACUCCUACAAACAAGGGAAAAUUGUAUAAACUUGACUUUAUUAUUCCAAGGUUAAUUAAUGUUUUCUUCUCUCUUUUCUGUGAACAACUAUGAACAACAACUACAUAUAUAAAACUGUAAACUUCUUUUGUAAGACCUUUGUUUAUAAGUGUUGAAAAAGAAGUCAGAUGUUUAAUGAACUUUGUUCAGCGGUC